UCCGGCGGCUGGUGCCCGGCGCGGCAGGGAGACGCGGGCGGCGGCAGAAAGGCGGGCAGCUGCGAGGGGGGCAGCUUCGGGGCGGGCGGUGCGCGGCGACCGGCAGCGCUACGCCCCGAUAGGCGGCCGCGGGCCGUGUUGGUGCUGCCGCCGCCGCCGCUGCUGCUGCUGCUGGCGCGGAGCCGCUGAAGCCCUGCGGAAGGGCUCGCCGGCUCUCGCACGCAGCGGCGGCGGCAGAGCGCGUCGCGUCGAGCGGAGUGAACGGGGAGGAGAAGGAGGAGGAGAGGCGAGGAGGUGGAGGAAGGGGAGGGAGGAUCUUCUCCGUGAGGAUGCCCGGAGCGGCUGCAGGGACGGCGGCGACAGGAGCAGGCUCGUCAGGAGCGGCAGCAGCGGGGAUGCUGCCGGCUCAGGAGGCGGCCAAGAUCUAUCACACCAACUACGUGCGGAACUCAAGGGCCAUCGGCGUGCUUUGGGCCAUCUUCACCGUCUGCUUUGCCAUCGUCAACGUGGUGUGCUUCAUCCAGCCCUACUGGAUCGGGGACGGCGUGGACACCCCGCAGGCGGGCUACUUCGGGCUCUUCCACUACUGCAUCGGCAACGGCUUCAGCCGGGAACUCACCUGCCGGGGCAGCUUCACGGACUUCUCUAGCCUGCCCUCGGGAGCCUUCAAAGCUGCUUCCUUCUUCAUCGGGCUCUCGAUGAUGCUCAUCAUCGCCUGCAUCGUCUGCUUCAUCCUCUUCUUCUUCUGCAACACAGCCACCGUCUACAAGAUCUGUGCCUGGAUGCAGCUGACCUCAGCUGCCUGUCUCGUCCUGGGUUGUAUGAUUUUUCCUGAUGGCUGGGAUUCAGAUGAGGUAAAACGGAUGUGUGGUGAAAAGACAGACAAGUACACGCUGGGGGCUUGUUCAGUCCGCUGGGCAUAUAUCCUGGCUAUUAUUGGAAUCUUGGAUGCCCUGAUCCUCUCAUUUCUGGCAUUUGUGCUUGGCAACAGACAAGACAGCUUGCUAGCAGAGGAGCUCAAGUUGGAAAACAAAGAUGAUGGAAAUGCUUAAAACAAGUUAAGUCUUACUAAGCCAAUCCUCACUAGAAUGAGCACAAAACAAAACGAAUAGCAGCUUUUGUACAUCAACAUUAAAAUGGGAAGAAGCUUGGGAAAGGGCCUCCGACUCAAGGACCACGGACAAGCGCAAAAAUGACUGCUGGGUAAGCGCCACCUCCUCACCAUAGAUCAGCCAGACAUGGAAGUGAUUUUUCAGAAGAGAAAUGCAAUCAUGAACUACACACCAGCUCAUUAGAAACUGUUGCUGAGUACAGCAUCCAGAAGACAUGCAUGAAAAGGGAAAUACAUUAAAAGGGGGUGUAGUUGUUGCUAGGCAAACAUAUGUAAUAUAUAUGUAUCGAAGAGGUUUGUAAAUGUCUUUUUUUUUAAUUCGGACAGAAAGCAAAAAGCUUUAAAACCUUUCACAGUAGAGAAGCAGUUAAUUUCAGACCAUUCCUAUCCCAGGAGUCAAGAAGUUCAUAAGGUAUCUCUCUUAAACUAGCAUUUAUAGGUAGAUGCUCUGAAUGUUUCCAUUACCUAGUGGAAAAAGCGUAACUUUCACUGCGCUUCAUUUAAUUCACUGUAUGAUAAGUUGACUAAAACUGUAAAGCUUCUCAAUUUUUACUGCAUAUGUGUUCCAAUUAAUCUAUGUCUGUAACAAACUUUAGACUGAAGAGUUAUUUCUGAACUAUAUUCUAGUUCUAUAAAGCAUAUAUACUAUAAGGUACAUCUGACUGAAUAUCAUAGUACUAUAAUUUCCCAGGGUACACAGAAGUGUUUGUAUUUAAAGUGAUUAAAUUAAAGCAUUUUAUUUCCUUUUUAACAGGAGAAAUUAAUUUACCCCUAAAUGUAUCCUAUAACUUGUCACUGCAGGGGCAUUGCAAUUCUUUUCCUUGUUCUGCCAUAUAACUGCUGAGUGUCACUCUCUGGCCCCUGCUCUUACCAAUCAGGCAAGGUGAUCUAAUGACCUCUUCUGACCUUAAUACAUAAAUGAAUAUACAAAUACACAUUGCCAGUAGGUAUGUGAGGGCUGGGUACACAAAGCCCCAAGGCACUGGUGCGGCUGUUGCUUCCCUCCACA